GCAUCGUGGACUAGUCAAGUACCAGACAAGUAGUAUGUCCGACCAUUGUAUGCUAAUUGGUACAACGGAGCCGCUGUACGCUACUUUGAUGUACCUGAGUCAAAUGCAAGCCAGAAGCCAACUUCGCCCACCUUGAAAUCGGUUCUUCAAAGUGCCCGUUUGAGGAGUCUCCAGUCUCUCACUAACCAGGCCAGGCCAGUUCAGUCCACCUCUCUCUACCACCGCUACCACCGCUACCUUUUGAGUCUCCGCACCAAGACAGUCUGAGAGACACUACAAUUCACUGCGAAGGACCGGUGUGUGGUCGAACCCCCAAUUUUCCGCUCUCAAACCUCCUGCCUUGCGUUCCGGCCGCUCGUUGCCCCAUUGUUGGAACAUCCUCUUACGGCCCUCACACUCGGAUCCUGGGCCAUCCUAUCCUGACCUCCCUACGGAUCAAUAAACACACCUCGGUCGUUGAUCAACCGGUGCUAGGUUCUUAGAGACUAUCGCUGCUGCUACUGUGCUGCCACUGUUGGCUUCGGGGUUAGAGGGAACAAAGCGUCGACUUCUAUCCCCCCUCCUCCACCACUACCUUAGUUUGACAUAUCCUUAAAUCGCGAAUUGUCCUCAACACUACUCUUCCUGCCGGCGAGAAGGAUUCAGCAGUUGGUCUUUGGACGACUUAUUUUCCUGUGAGGCAUGCAAAGAGCCACCUCGCCGGUUGGCGACGACAUAUUAUCGAUCCCCUCACCAUCGCGUCAACAAGACUUGACGACUCUCGCCUCUUCGACACCUAUAUUGCCGCCGUUUUCGCUGGCUGAGAAGCUGCCCGUGAGCGCUAUUAGAAAUGGAUGUGUGAUGCCGGAAUCGAUUUCGAACUCGACUAUAAAUGCGACUGCGACACCAACCGCGCGUGACGCAAUGACGACGGAUCGCCACCCGAGCCACCCUCCAUCCUCGCCCCUUGAUGCUCAAUCUAAAGAGCCCCGCGUCCACAACAACAUGAUAGGAGAUCCUACCGAUGAGAGCACUGUUUCUGUGAUCAAGGGCUCGGGUAACACUGCCCAGCCAUUGGCUGCCCUUGCUGGAACAGAUGCAUUGAGUCCUCGGCGUGUAGGUUUCGGUGAUGCUCCUUCUCCCACCCAAGCGUCAUCACAGAAGCAACUUAACGAAUAUCGAGAAAAGCUUGCACGCGACCUUGAACGCCGCGAAAUGUCUGCUCGAGGCCUGAUGGCAAGCCCCAAUGAAAAGAACCGGGUUUCUCCUAUCCCUGAAGAGAGCCUUUCCAGUGCACCGCUUCAGACUUCAGCUCUGACAACGACCUCAACUGAGUCGAAUGCUACAGUCCGAGGCGCUCCCACCCCAGGGCCCAUCGCAGGAACACCGUCAUAUCCAUUUCCACGAAUGGCCCCUGCUGGUUUCGUGCCGUCAUAUCUGCAUAGACCUUUUACCACACUCUCGCCUACAGGUGCUCCACGAUCUUUCAGCUAUGGUUCUUUUGACGCCUUGGGCAUGGCUGCCCAGGAUAAGGUCCUCUCAAGUACUUCGACUCCAGCAUCCAACUUCACAUUUAACCCGUCCGCAAUGUCACCACAGCCUGAGAAUCUCGAUUUUCCCAAUCCUAACCUCUAUGAUCUUUCUUUAAUGCUAGCUGCCGAGCCUGGACUAGAUGCUUGGUGGUCGAAUGUUGUUCAAAUUAUGAGAGAUGUGUACAAAGCUGAGCGAGUAACACUUGCUAUUCCAGCUGACACAACAGACAUCGAAAAUGUUCCUUGGGGCCAAAAAGCAACCUUCAAUCUUCACAAGGAGGACGAUCUUAGUUUGGGUUAUAUGGCUGCCAAACAGUCUAGUAGCAUCGUCUUGAGCACAAGCGGCUACGAUAGAUCCUGGCCUGGUUCUAAUGCUACGCCAUCGAUUUCUGACGAUAAUCUGCAUGCCAAGUCUGCCUCCCGGCCAGACUUAUUUAGUCGCCAUUCAUUUACGACUUAUGAGGAUAAGAGGGAGAGAACACGAACUCCGCCUAAUGCACAGGCUCGGCGGCCCGCAUUUCUUGCCAGGAGCCAAAGUAAUUAUCCCGCAGGUCCUGCCUCGAAAGAGUCCUAUGUCGAUUAUGCCAAACUGAAUAAGACGACACUUGACGAACACGAUGCCAUUGAGCAACAAAUUCCAAGUUGGGAAGCGCCGCUCAUGGGUGAAAAGGAAAGCCAGGGGCGUGUUCUACCGGUAUUACAGGCUCUUGAUUAUGAGGCGGAUCCUUUGAUUGACCACAGUGGUAUCAUGCGAGUACUCGAACGCGGAAGAGCCAUUGCACUUACUAGAUCAUAUCCAUAUCUUGCUGAUGAAGCCCCGGCUGAGUCGUCGAAGAAACCAAAACCUGCCGCCCCAGAACCUUCGAACGCCCCAAGAAAUUUUGCCAAACCACGCUCGGACUCAUUCUCGAAAUUAUCAUCGAUGUUCAACUCAGCUAGUUCUUCUCGUGUACCGACUCGAAGCAAAACUCACUCAGCUGCCGACAGAGCGAAAUCAAUAGCCUCACGCUUAGAGGGCCGCUUGGAAGACGAUAUGCCUAGGCCUCCGACGCCUAAGUACGAAGAGUUUGAACAAGCGCCACCUUCACCUUGGUCACAAUCGCCAGCUCCAUCACCAGCUGUACGCGCUGAUCCUAAAGAAAAUCCCUUUUUCACAGAUGCCAUGGUCGACGAAGAUUCAUUCAAUCCAGAUACUGGCACAGAGGAUUACACUGGAAUGCGACCGCCCGAAGCUAUCGGUGUUGACAACUCAUGGACGGUUCUUCACAUUCCCCUCUCUCACGUCCUUCUCUCGAAACCCACUCGAACUUUCAAACUAGACAGCACUUUGAUGGAGCAAAGAUCUCACGCGCGCACCAAAAGCGAGGGUGUUCCUGCUCCUAGCGAUGAAGGUGGCCGUAACACACCAGACAGUCUCAAGAGAGACAAGCCAGCACCGAUCGCUAUUUUAUCAAUUUUAAGCCCAAUCAUCCCUUAUCCAUCUAAUCUCAAACAUUCCCUGGAACAUUUGGCACCUCAUAUGGCCACAACUUUCUCGUUAUGCCGGCACUAUAGUAAUCUUGAGACUGAGUUGGCAGGGCUUCAACGGAAACGACCGCAGACGGCUGGAUUCGGGGCGGUUGCACACGAUGGGCGGCCCUUGGAGAGCAUGGCUUAUCUGACUGCGGAUGACAUUGUUCCCCACCAGUCCCUCGCUGGUAGUAUGACGAGUCCGAGCGAUUACUCUGGUGUUUCUAAAAGUGCUACCGGAUCUCCAUUGGGCACUCCUGGGUGGGACCAGGGAUCUGGAGGCUUUCAUGCCGACAAGCGACCACCGCCGACCUCGAGUCCUGCUGCAACACCUCAGGGAGAGGGAUACUUCAGUUCCAGGCAAAGACCAGUACCCGCACGACACGAAACAUUUGGCGGCAUAGGUACCCCACGGGCAAGAACAAGUUCAAAAGACACUUCUCCUACUGAGAAGCGAAGUAUCCGAGUCAGCGGUUCUUUUCUUACACAAGAGAGUCCUGAGCAAAACUUGGUUGCCGAUAAUAAAGCGACCCGUACUUCUUCUGACGAAUCGACUGGCGGAUUGGCCAAAAAGUCGACUCAGGUUGAUGCUCCAGAUGUCAGUAUAGAUACUCUGGAUCCUACCAACAAUGACAAUACAGCUGAAGAUUUGGCUGACUCUACCAAGGCCGGACGUGGCACUCGACAAGGGCACAGCAUGCUUCAUUCAUAUGGUGCAGAUUUUGCUUCCACUUUCCAAUCUCUUCCGCCUAGCUCUACACUCUCAGCCAGACCGACACCUGUUUCUGCACCUUCUCGGAGUGGCUCAUUGACUACUACAGCUGUUGAUAUGCCACCGCCUUCAGACAGACUCAAGGGACUAAUUUUAGAUUCCCUACCCGCGCAUGUAUUCGUCGCACUUCCGCAAACCGGAGAAAUUGUCUGGGUCAACAGCCGUUAUCUUUCAUAUCGAGGCCAGACAGCCACCGACCUUGCCGCAGACCCAUGGGGUAGUCUUCACCCUGAUGAUCGAGACGACUACUUAAAAGCAUGGGGCCAUUCUAUUCGCACGGGCGAGCAAUUUUCGAGGACUGUUCGAAUUAAACGAUUCGACGGCGCAUAUCGGUGGUUUUAUGCUAGAGCGGUUGCGUCAAAGGAUAAGAGAGGGGUUAUCAUGCAAUUUCUUGGAUCGUACAUGGAUAUCCACGACCAGCACAUUGCUGAGCUAAAAGCGGCGCGACAAGAGGAAAUUGAGGCAUCAGAGGCUAAACACCGAUUACUUGCCAACCUCAUCCCUCAGAUCAUCUUCACAGCGACCGAAGACGAAGGAAUCACUUUUGCCAAUGAACAGUGGCUCUCGUAUACAGGACAAAGCUUCUCUGACUCACUUGGAUUGGGUUUCAUGGACUUUGUACAUCCGGACGAUCUUGCUAAAUGCCGUAUUCCCUCUACCCAACCUUCAACACCCGGCGGAAUAAGACGUGAAGGUCAUAGCAAGAUAUACCGGCAGGGAUCUGCACAGUCUGAGGCGGCGUCAACUACCACUAUUCAACCUCCCAGAUCGCGUACACCUCAAGACUCGCCUCUCCGUAAUGUGCAGCAAGCCCUGUCCCGAAAUAACAGCUCUAGCAGCAGUUCAGCGUACGAAUGGCCUGCUGCAGACUUGACUGAACUGGCUCGAAAGGGAAUAAUCAAAGUGGCGACUGAUAGCGCUGGCCGAGUCUCAUACACAACUGAGGUUCGAUUACUGUCCAAGACUGGAGAAUACCGCUGGCAUCUGAUUCGAUGUGUCGAAAUUGACACUAUCGAUUUUGGCAGUGGUGCUAGCUCCUACUUCGGAUCUGCGACAGACAUCAACGACCACAAGCUUCUUGAGACCAAGCUCAAAGAGGCCAUGGAAACCAAGGGAAGAUUCCUGAGCAACAUGUCCCACGAGAUUCGUACUCCUUUGAUCGGAAUUUCAGGCAUGGUAAGUUUCUUGCAGGAUACUACUCUGAAUGAAGAGCAGCUCGACUACACCAACACCAUACAGACCAGUGCCAACAGCUUGAUCAUGAUCAUCAAUGACAUUCUGGAUCUAUCUAAGGUCGACGCUGGCAUGAUGAAACUAAAGUACGAAUGGUUCCAUACCAGGUCCAUCAUCGAAGACGUGAACGAGCUUGUUUCGACAAUGGCCAUUGCGAAACGACUGGAGUUGAACUAUCUCGUGGAGGCCGAUGUACCUGCAUGGGUCAAGGGCGACAAGGUGCGAAUUCGCCAAGUUCUCCUCAAUGUCACUGGCAAUGCCAUCAAAUUCACUUCAGAGGGCGAAGUCUUCAGUCGGUGCCGUGUAUACGUCGCGGAGGGUUCCCAUGUCGACGAGAAUGAGAUCAUGCUGGAGUUUUCUGUUACUGAUACAGGUCGCGGAUUCUCGAAGGAGGAGGCGGAAUUGAUCUUCAAACCUUUCAGUCAAAUCGAUGGAAGUAGCACCCGACAACACGGUGGGAGUGGACUGGGCCUCGUCAUUUCUCGACAACUUGCUGAGCUACAUGGCGGUAGCAUGACGGGACGCGCAACGCUGGGCAAAGGCUCUACCUUUACCUUCACAGCGCGGUUUGGCCUCCCUACAGCUGAUGAUCACCCUAACCUGCCUGAUAGCCCUCCUGCUACCGGUGCUUUCACGCCUAGGCCGGAGAUGGUUGAUAAUGUUCCCAGCACUAUCAAGCCUCUCCCUCCGCCAAAACAUUUACGAAACGCCGAGGGCGCUAGCCCUGGAGGUACAACAUCAGAGUUUACGUCGCCUGGAGGCCUUUCUGUUGGUAGCUCCAACCCGUCUGUCCGUUCAGCUAAGUCGCAAGUCACCGACCGAUCUUCAGCAACAUCUGUCACCGGUGGUCUGGCCCGAUUUAGCGAGGCGGCUAAAGCUAGUGGGCAAGAUUUGUCUCAGAUGAAGUUGGAGAUGCCCUCAGGGCGCAGCUCUCCUGGUACCCAUCUCUUACCUGGCAGUGGCUCACCUGAGGACUUCCGACCACCCAUGUACUCAAUCCUCAUCAUUUGCCCGCAGUUCCAUAGUCGCGAGGCCACUACUCAGCAUAUUGAGAUGACUCUGCCGAAGGAUGUACCCCAUCAGAUCACAGCCUUGGCAAGCGUGAAUGAGGCACAAACAUUAAUUGGUGGCGAGGACCCUAUCAAGUUCACACAUAUAGUCAUCAACCUUCCCUCUGCUGAGGCCAUCAUUGGUCUUAUGGAUGACAUUACGAAAUCACAGACAAUCGAUAAGACGACCAUUCUUGUGUUGUCAGAUUCGGUGCAACGACAAGCUGUCAUCAAGUUGGCGGCCAACACUAAAUAUGAGCAGCUCCUUUCAGAUAACAUGGUGACUUUUAUCUACAAGCCUGUGAAGCCGUCUCGAUUUGCUGUCAUAUUCGACCCAAACAAGAUGCGUGAUCUUAGCAUAGAUCGUAAUCGCUCUACGGCGCAGCAAAUGGUCGAGAAUCAGAAGGCUAGCUACCAGGAGAUUGAACGGCGCAUGGGCAACAAGGGCUACAAGGUGCUCCUGGUCGAGGACAAUCCUGUCAAUCAGAAGGUUCUCAUGAAGUACCUCAAGAAGAUUGGGGUUGAUGUCGAGAUUGCCGUUGAUGGCGCAGAGUGCACCAACAUGGUUUUGUCAAAGCCACAUAAGCACUACUCGUUGAUUUUGUGUGAUCUACAUAUGCCACGAAAAGACGGCUACCAGGCGUGCCGUGAGAUUCGACAGUGGGAAGUUGCCAACAAUUUCCCCCAGAUGCCUAUCAUCGCCUUGUCAGCCAACGUCAUGUCAGACGUUCAGGAUAAAUGUGUCGCAGCGGGAUUCAGCGACUACGUCACGAAGCCAGUCGACUUCAUCGACCUCAGCAGAGCUAUGUCCAAGUUCUUCUGAUCACAACACUCUUGCCACUCUCUUCCUCUCAAGCAAUGCUGGCGCACAGUCACCCCUCUGCCUCUUCUUCUUUUUGAACCUUUUACAUUCGACGACUGUUCACGAUUUCCCUCCUCCGUUCAUAAUGAUACUUAUGGCAGCUUCUAUUUUAGACCGGACAGAUCUAUGUAGGGCCACCUUGGUCUUCUGCUGCCAAAGCUAAGCCUUGUCGCAGCUCAGUGGGGCUGACAUAGGUCGAGGCACCUGGCAAAUGACCUUAUUUCUAUUGGCAUAGUUUACUUCAGGGCUAUAUGACUUUUUAUACCAACAACAAUUUUCCUGCCUCGGUCAGGGAAAUUGUCUUCUGCAUGUUGCUGGACGUUACCUAUCGCAUUGGCGCAGGGUUUAUAAUGGGUACUGGCGAUCUUUCAGGCGCCUGUUGUCUGUUUCGUUUCACUUUUCACUCACCUGGGUUGAAUGACCUGAGGGGGUUUCGGGAGGGCUCGAAGACUGGAUAUGGCGUCAAGGAGUUUUGUUUGCAUUGUUCAUGUCUUGCUACCACGGCCUCAUUGAAUGAUUCAUUUUGCCAUAUGUGGGUUAAAUGCACGAUAGCCAAGAGCGGCAGGUACAAUGAGGAUAUACAUUUUUGUUCUUUUUCGGUAAUGUUUUUGGCGAAGAAUAUGGGUUAUGCAUGAAAAGUGGACGAGCAGGAUAGGUUGAAUCUAUUCAACAUUGUUCGAUAUUCAUUUAUACUUAGAUAGAGGGACGCCGCGGGAAAGAGGUGGCGGCGGGGGGCAUUUCCAACACGGUGUUAUACAAUACUCAUGACGAGGCAAAAAAUAAAGAAAUCAAUCUAAAUUAUAACCAUUUCAAGAACAAUUCUGCGUGACUAGAACAUCUGAAAAUAGAGGAACAAACAUGUUAUUUUGUGAUGUUAUGCUAACACAAACGUUAUCAUAGCCCCCAAAUAGCUCAAUCUCAAAACCAUGCCAGCAUAGUUGGUCAUUCUAUCCAUUGCUUUUCCGUAAUCCGUUCCAAAAUCAUUCGUCAUUAGAAUAAAGAUAUGAAAAUCAUCAAAACAAUUUGCCUCGCCUUGGCGGGCUGGUAUCCGCUGUUCCCAUGAAAUUCAAGUCAUAAGAGAGUGAGAAUGCACCCAUCCAAGUAAGAAUAUGAUCAGUACACACUACCCCGAAUACUUCGAUCCUCCUUCUCAGCGCGAUCCAAAUCCUCAACAAGUUCAGCGUCACCGUCACAAGAGGCAUCAGUAGAUGCAUCACCAAGACGGUUAGUCCGUGCAUAUUCAUCCGGGCUAUCCUUAUCGCUCGUGUAUGCUAGAUGUUCGGGUCCUGCUUUGAGGAGGGGUUUUUGAUUGUAUGAAGGCUUCUCGCUUCUUUCGCCAACGGUCCUGUUUAGUUGCGCGUUCAAGGAGGCAAUGCGGUGUAAGCUUAUGUUCUCAUCCUCUGACGAGUCGUUGUCAGUCUCGGCGGCAGAUGUGUGACCAGAAUAGCUGCCGCCCCCAUCGCGGCCAAUAUGUAAGUAUGGCGACUGGAUAUACUCGCUGGCAGAGAUAACUGAGGGGGUAUCGUUGAGGUCAGAAACGGAUUUGCCUUCAUGGUUUGAUGAAAUGUCGAUCUCCGGUCCAUCUUCAUCAUGAGCUCCCAAGGUGGCGCUCUCACUAUUGGUACCAAUGCAGUCUAAUUGAGCCUUCUGCUUCCGGCUGACGAUGGUAAUGAUCUCGUCUGUGUUUGUAAUUUUGCCGUAAGGCUCUGGCCCGCCGUUCUCAUGAUCCUUUUUGCGCAUGAUCUCCAAAUCCUCACGCUUAGCAUAGUGGCGACUAUGGUCACAGCCAUUGGGACAUCCACCCCAUCGGCGUGUAACAACAAAAGUUUUGGUGCGUGGGAGUUUCGAGCUGUCCUUGUCCUUGUCCUUGUCCUCUUUGUCUUUGCGUUCUCGCCGCAAAUCGGACCAAGUUCGUAACUUGUUCUCUAGAAGGUACUUAUUGUUUUCCUGCUUGCGCAUGAUGAGGAACUCGCAGUGGUUGAUGUUUCGGAGAUCUUCAAAGUACUCGACAGUGAAAUGAUACCAUUUCAUGAGAAAGACACGGGACAUGAGUCCGUGGGUCACUAACAAAUGUACUGUUAGUAAAGACGCAAAGCUGGUUGGUGAAAUACGUACCCAGUACACAGACGCUGGGGAAAUCAUCUUCACCAAAUUGUCGCCAGAGGCUCUCGUUGAAUCCGCUCACACGAUCGUAAGCAUCGGCAGCGCUCUCUCCAUUAGGUAUACGGUAGAAGAAGUGGCCAUAAUCGGCCCUCUCUUGCCACAUACGUUCCAUUUCAGCGCUGCAUGGUUGGAAGUUACCAAAAUCCUGCUCACGUAGCCGAGGCUCUUCGUACACCUUGAUGUUAGCUCGGCGGAAGGGCGACGGGGAGCCUUCGUCCGAGGUCAGGCUCUCGAGAAUUCCUUCUGUUGUUUCACGUGUGCGGCGGUAUGGAGAGGUAAAGAACUGUAAGGUGUCGUCGGGACGGAGGAGGCUUCGGAGACGACGUCCGGCAUCGUGGGCUUGGUUCCAGCCUUCUGGCGUAAGUUUGACUCGGUGAUCGGGAACGGUCUGAUGAAUUUCGCGGUUCUCUUUAUAAUUGUCAGCAUGUGUUGAAUAAUGAGGGACGAAAAAGCCAGAGCAUUAACGUACUAUUGCCUUCGGACUGGCCGUGGCGAACUAGAAUGAUCAAGCGUGGCUUGGUCAUGAUGCUUUGGGUAUGUGAUAUAGAGGGGUAGUCUUUAAGUGAUUGAGCGUGUCUCUGAUAACUCAAAGGAUGAGUUUGAUAUUUUGGGGUCCUGGGCGUAUUCACAAUAGUUGUAUAAGUUGAAUGGAGGUUUUCAAGUUGUGAGACAGGUUGGGUUAAGACGGGAUAGAAUAUGGCGGAGUAGGGGAUAGAUAGUUUUGCAAUUGGUCAGCCAAAGCAUAGGCAGGAGUCACCAAUUAUGAAUACUAGGAGAGAAGAGGAUGGAAGUUUAGGAGAAAGAGCAGGAGCUAAGCGUCAUAAAAAAAACAAACGAAGAAAAGCUAAAGGAAGAUGAAGCGUGGAACGCAACGUCUUUUUUUAGUGAGGCUUGUCUAAUCCCGUAGUCGUUGGCUCAAGCUCAC